UGGGCAUUCUCACACGUGCUUCCUCCUCCCAAAACUCCGUCACACGUGCCGUGGCUAACCCAUACAACUCCCUUCCUUUCUGUGGUGCAACAAAUAAAAGUUAGAGAGAGAAUAAGCAAUAUAUAUGGAGGGAUAUAGAGAUAGAGAUGGAUAUAUAGAGAGAGAAAGAGAGAGUGUGUAUGAAGGAUGAGAGAGAGAGAUGAUAAAAGCAUAAAUUUUUCUUGGUCUUUGUAGUAGGGGAUGGGUUUUAUAUCUUGUUUUGUUUGAAAUCGGUAGUGGGUGUGAGUGAAUCUUGUGAGUGGUGGUGGUGGUGGCAGUGCACCGAUGAGGAUCCGGAAAAGGCAGGUGCUUUUCUCUUCGUUGUCUCUCUCAGAUCCCCACCUGAUCAACCGGUCACCGGUGGUGGUGGUGCAACUAAGCGACGCUACUUCCACCGCACCCAAAUCUUCUUCCACUCAACAUGCUGCUUCAGCACCACCAUCCACCAUCGAUCCUUCUCACCCGUUUGAUCAGUCACCGACCAACGGCUCUGAUCAUCCCUCCUCCAUCGGUCACAGUGGGCAGCACAACAAGCAAGACCCUUUGAUCCUAUGUAUGUUUUGCCCGUGGUUGAUUUUGCAGGACGAGGAGGUAAGAGGAGAAGAGAGUGGAGGAGAUUCAGGAGAGAAGGGUAAUCAUAUCAGGAAAGAACGCAUCUUUGGUUCUGAGGUAUUGCCACCAUCAAGCCCUUCUUUCACUCAAGAUGGGAGAUGGUGCGAGGGAGAGAAAGCUAUUCCACUCAAGAAAAGGAGAGGGAGCUUUGAGGAGAAUAAUGCUAAGAAGAUGAAAGCAAGGAUGAAGACUAAGAUGAACAAAAAGUGUUCCAUGAAUAACAUGGAAGAGGAAGAGGAAGAUGAAGAAGAAGAGAAGGGAGAAGAAACAAAAGUGGAUGUGAGUGUAAGUAAGAAGAGGGCAAGGGGUAGUGCACUCAUGGAAGGUUCUAGGUGCAGUCGUGUGAAUGGGAGGGGAUGGAGGUGCUGUCAACAAACACUGGUUGGUUACUCUCUGUGUGAACAUCACUUAGGAAAAGGAAGGCUCAGAAGCAUGACAAGUGUUAGAAGCCGUUCUGUUGCCUCUACUGCACCAAAGAAAGUGAUGAUGCAUGACAUGCUCGACCCUUCUUUAUCAUCAUCUUCUUCUUCUCUUGAGAAGCAAACCACGUGUGUUGCUGAUCCCUUGGAGGAAGAUGAGAAGAAGCCAGUGAUAAUCACCAAGAAGAGGAUGAAGCUUGGAAUGGUGAAAGCGCGUUCCAUAAGCAGCUUACUAGGACAAACUACCUCCCAGAAUAAUAUUGGUGUAGCUCAUGAUGAGAAUAACAAGUAAGGCCAAUAAUACCAGUGCAGAAAACGCUUAUUAUUUCAUCUACUUCGGGUUGAAACAAAUUUCAAUACUUGAGUUUGUUUUAUUUACACUUGGUGCCACUGCAUCUUGUUCAACUUAUCGUAAUUAUUUUUAUGAUUUCCUUUUUAUUUUGCAAUGAUUUUGUUGUAGCGUGUUUUCAUUAAUUUCACUUGGGGCACGGUCUGAUUUUGC